AAAAAGCGGGCGCCUGCCUCGCUGAGUAUAAAUUAUGGUAACUGACUGGAGGCGGCAUCAUCCGAGGGUGACCGUGCAAGGCAGUCGAUAUAGCAACAUGUACCCCAUGAUGUCGGCUGUGGGCCUGGGGGCAGUCUUCACGUGUGCAUGUCUGCUGUGUUGUGUUCAAGGGACUGUCGGUGCAUCAGGUAAUGGAAGUGUUUGAGCAGAAUCAAAGUGGCGAGUCGAUGUGUGUAUCUCCCACGGGGACGUGCUUCAGGGACAUCAAGCUAGAAACUUUAAAGUCUUUAGCUUCUCCCAGGACAUAUAACUUCGGGUUUUGUCAGGAACAAGAGAUUAACAAGAUAUUACAGUGUCUUCGGGACAUACUAUCUGCAUGCAAAGAUGACAUUAAAGGAUUGUCCGUGACCAUGUUCGUGAAUGUCAGCCGAACAGAAAGCAUUCUGCGCUACUUUUGCGACAACAGGAACGAGUUGACAAGAAAAUCAUGUGGCAACCUUACCGCGACACAAGAAUGCAGACAACGCAUGACUGAUCAGCAUGCUCGCGAUCAAGAGAAUCUUGAGGAUUUUCGGGAAAUCUGGGAGACUUCUUGCAGCUUUUACUCAAACUAUGUCCGCUGUUAUACCGACCCGAUGGGAGAGGGGUGCGAGACGCCACGUCGUCUGUUCAGUCGACUCGUGGGAGUAUUUCAACUCGGCUACUGUUACAUGUCGGAUGCUGACAAACGGGCGGCGCUCAAGAAAGCUGACGAUCUUGUUGAGGCUCUCAGUGGGGUGCCUGGCAGUCAUGACCACACGUUCGGAAAGUCCGUCUUCCUCUUGACGCUGGCGUUGACUUUGUGGCCAAAGUUGUGGUUGUGGUGAUGAGGACGAUGUAGGUGUCAGCCGGCGCUGAUAGUAGUGAUGUCUGCGUGACUCUGGCAAAGUAUAUCAAGCUUAUAUCCUCGUCACAAGCACACCACGGGCAUUUAAAUUACACCACUGUAUGUUGCUGUUACAUAACUUGUUUGAGAAAUUUGGUGCACUUUGAUUUGUUCUGUAAUACCAAACAAUUUUUGCUACCUGUUGUAUUGAAGGACACAGUACGCAAGCGAGUGGAUCAUUUUCCUCAGGAAUUUACGCUGGAGGUAUAAAUAAAUUAUUUUCUUUACAAAAUACUUUUUUUUUCAAUGUGUUCCUAUAGUGCUUCUUGUGGCAUUCUUCUCGCACGAAGAUAAUUUUUGAUCCCUUAUGCUUUUACUUUUAAGGGGAUUUCUAUGAUAGCCCUACCUUAUUUUUUACACAUACUUUUCCAGACGUUCAAUUGGGUGCACAAGCGAACAAGAUCAUUCAGUGCACAUUCGCCUCCAAACUGAAUAGUGGUUUAAUAAUUGGCUGCAGUUGCUAGGUGUUAUCGCUGACUUUAGAGUGGUGUGUAGUGUGUAGUGUGUGAGGUAGCACUAUACAAACUUUAUCUAUAGUCUUCCAAGCAGAGCGCUCUCUCCAACUGAUUUUAAGUUUUGCUAUUUCGUUUUCUGAAAAGAUGCAGCGAAUUUGUGGGGUGUUUUUUUUUUACAAGCUUUGUGAUUACGGCAAAAGAUGUAAACAAGCUUAUAGAAUGAAUAAAAAUAAUAUUAACAUGA